AUGAUCCGCUUCAUCCUCGUCCAGAACCGGCAGGGCAAGACCCGGCUGUCCAAAUGGUACGUGCCGAUGGAGGACGAAGAGAAGGUGAAGAUCCGCGGCGAGGUCCAUCGCCUGGUGGCCACCCGCGACCAGAAAUACCAGUCCAACUUCGUCGAGUUCCGGACUAGCAAGGUCGUCUAUCGCCGGUACGCCGGGCUCUUCUUCUGCAUCUGCAUCGACUCGAACGACAACGAGCUCUCGUACCUCGAGGCCAUCCAUCUCUUCGUCGAGGUCCUGGAUGCGUUUUUCGGGAACGUCUGCGAACUCGACUUGGUCUUCCAGUUCCAUCGGGUCUAUUCGAUCCUCGACGAGGUCUUCCUCGCCGGGGAGAUCGAAGAAACUUCGAAAUCAGUCAUCCUCGAGCGCUUGGACUACCUCGAAAAACUUGAUUGA